AUGGGAGAUGAUAUAGCAGCUUGGAGGAUAAAUAUUGGAAUGUACGUCCACAAAUCAAGGAAAAGUAUUUUGAAAAGAGACGUUCUCCAUUGUAAUUUAAUGAUGUCAGUGUUGAUGAUCUUAAAUGUUUUGAUUGUUCUUUCUGGGGAUGUAGAAUCGAAUCCAGGUCCCAAUACAAGACAAGGACAUUUAUCAAAAACAGGUGAAUUGAUUCCACCACCUUCAGAUGGAUCUAAAGGCAAAGAAACGGACAUUACAAAUUUAAUACAGAGACUUAUAUCUGAGAUGUCUGAUUUAAGGCAAGAGCAAGCAAACAGUAACCUCAUCAAACCUGAACAAAAUCAUGAUAACCUAUCAGUAGUGUUUUGGAACAUUGAAGGACUCCAGUCAAAACUUAAUGAACAUUAUUAUGACAUCACAGAUGUGAUUAAUGGAUACGAUAUCAUUGGAUUUACCGAGACCUUUCAAAAAGCUGGAGAAAGUUUUAAAGAUCUGUUUCCAAACUUUAUACAAUAUGAGUGCGCAAGAAUAUGUGAAACGGAUAAAGCAUUCGGUGGUGUGGCUUUAUUCCUUAAGAAAUGGUUGGUGGAUAUUACGGAAAAAGUGGAUACAUGUAUUGAAUGUGAAGAGACUAUUUGGCUUAAACUAUCACUAAAAAAGCUAGGAAGAAAACACAAUCUAUUUGUUGGUCUUGUGUAUGUCCCACCAGAGGGGUCGAUAUUCUACUCAAAUAAACCUGCAAACUGCAAUAUACAGCAUAUCGAAGUAGUCAUCAGAGAUAUUAGACUGAAAUUUCCAUCUGACGAAAUGUUACUUAUUGGUGAUUUUAAUGCCCGGACGGGCAUCGAAAAAGACUUUAUCCACGACCAGUCUAUCUACAAUCCGUACAUGUAUACUUUCCAAGAACAAUACGGGAAUGAAUCCAGCAAAUAUCAACAACUACGUGAGAACAAGGAUAAAUUUGUUAACACAUUUGGUAAUCGGCUUCUGAAAUUUUGUUGUGAGUAUGAUUUUGCUAUCAUCAAAGGCCGUGUCCCCCCGUUUGAACAGGGCAAUAACAAAACUCAAUAA